AAAGAACCUUAUUCACUCACUCACUCAAUAUCACAACGUGACAAUUACCUCAAAAAUGGGGACAAUAAUGUUGCCGUACGACAAUUCAACUACCAUCAUAAAUAAACACAUAAAGUGGUAGCUCAACAAAACUUCAACUCAUUCUUCUCAUGAACUUGAACAUUUGGCCUCAAAAUUUCCAUGGCUUCAUCUAGCCACAAUCUUCCAUACAAUUCUUCAUAUGCUUUCUUUAGUCAAACAAGAUAACAUGACUCCAUAGUUUCUCUUUGGAAAACGGAUUUGCUGUCAUCGCUAUAAAAUCAUGGGCUUAGUGAAAAAUGGAAUCUUGAUUUUGCAUGUGUUGAUGCUCCUUCUGUUAAGAAUCUGCCAAGCCAAUGAUCAACACAUUCAUCAAAUAUAUCCCGGAUUCAGUGCAUCACGUUUAGAUUGGAACGAUCAUAAUGGUUUUUUCUUACUAUCUAACAACUCAGCUUUUGCUUUUGGAUUCUUCACAACUCUUGAUGUUUCAUUGUUUGUUUUAGUAGUCAUUCAUUUGAGUAGCUACAAAGUUGUUUGGACUGCAAAUAGAGGUUUACUUGUUAGAAAUUCUGACAAAUUUGUGUUUGAUCAUAGUGGAAAUGCUUAUUUAGAAAGUGGAAAUAGUUUUGUUUGGGAAACAAACACAACAGGACAGACAGUUAGGGACAUGGAAUUGUUGGAUUCAGGAAAUUUGGUUAUGUUUGGUGAAAAUAAGAAAGUUAUUUGGCAAAGUUUUAGUCAUCCUACUGAUACACUUUUGCCUGGUCAAUCCUUUGUUGAUGGAAUGAGUCUUAAAAGUUUUCCGAAUCGAAUGAACUUGUUUCAUUAUUUUAGUUAUAUAGAAGGUGAUUUGGUUCUAUAUGCAGGUUUUGAAACGCCGCAAUUGUAUUGGUCUUUAAUGGAAGAAGUUAGUAAUAGAAGUUCGAAGAAUGUAACAAGUAAGAAUAAUAAGGUUCACUAUGCUUCUUUGGUUUCUAAUUCAUGGAACUUUUAUGAUAAAAGUGGUGCUUUGGUUUGGAAAAUUGUAUUUUCUGAUCAUUCAGAUCCUAAGUCAUUCUAUGCGGCUAUUUUGGAUCCGAAUGGUGCAAUAUCUUUUUAUGAUCUUAACAAAGGAAAAGCUACUAAUCCUGAGGUGUUUAAAGUACCACAAGACCCUUGUGGAAUUCCUGAGCCUUGUGAUCCUUACUAUGUUUGUUUCUUUGAGAAUUGGUGUGAAUGUCCUACGCUUCUUCGAUCGCGUUUCAAUUGCAAACCUCCUAACAUCUCAGCUUGUUCACCUAGGAGUACUUCAACAGAACUUCUAUAUGUUGGUGAAGAUCUUGAUUAUUUUGCGCUUAAGUACGAUGCUCCUGUUUUAAAAUCAACAUUGAAUUCGUGCAAAGAUGCUUGUGUAAGAAACUGUUCUUGUCUUGUACUUUUCCAUGAAAACAGUACUGGUAGAUGCUUUCAUUUUGAUCAAACCGGAAGCUUCCAACGAUUUAAAGGGAACAGUGGCGGUUUUGUUUCAUAUAUGAAGGUCUCAACUGACCGUGGUGGCAUUGUCCGCGAUAAUAAUGGAAGAAAGGACAUGGUGAUUGUUUCUGUCAUAGGGAUUCUCACAGUUUUGGCUAUUUUUGGUCUUAUGACUGGAUUUUGGUGCUACUACAAGACAAAGAAGAAGAAUUUCGAUAAGUAUCCUCAAGAUACUUUAGAGGAAGAUGAUUUCUUUGAUGGUCUCUCUAGUAUGCCAGCGCGAUUUACUUAUACUGCUCUUGCUAGAGCAACUAAGGACUUCUCCACGAAAAUUGGGGAAGGAGGAUUUGGCUCAGUGUAUCUAGGAUUACUUGAAGAUGACACACAAUUAGCAGUGAAAAAAUUGGAAGGAGUUGGACAAGGAGCAAAAGAGUUCAAAGCAGAAGUAUCGAUAAUUGGAAGUAUUCACCAUGUUCAUCUUGUGAAGCUUAAAGGGUUUUGUGCCGAAGGUCCUCAUCGCCUUCUUGUGUAUGAGUAUAUGGCAAGAGGUUCGUUGGAUAAAUGGAUCUUCAAAAACAGCGAAAACACUUUGUUGUUAACUUGGGAAACAAGGUACAACAUUGCAAUAGGAACUGCAAAAGGAUUGGCCUAUCUUCAUGAGGAGUGUGAAGUUAGGAUCAUUCAUUGUGAUAUCAAACCACAAAAUGUUCUUCUUGAUGAUAAUUUCAUGGCUAAGGUUUCAGAUUUUGGAUUGGCGAAACUAAUGAGCAGAGAACAAAGCCAUGUUUUCACAACUCUUAGAGGAACAAGAGGUUAUUUAGCACCAGAAUGGAUAACUAACUACGCGAUUUCGGAGAAGAGUGACGUGUUUAGCUAUGGAAUGCUUUUGCUUGAGAUUAUUGGUGGAAGGAAAAACUAUGAUCAAUGGGAAGGUUCGGAGAAAGCACAUUUUCCUUCUUAUGUAUCAAGAAUGAUGGAGGAAGGAAAAAUAAGAGAAGUUAUUGAUCAAAAGAUAGAUAUUGACGAGAACGAUGAACGUGUUGUGACUGCUCUUAAAGUUGCUCUUUGGUGUAUACAAGAUGACAUGAAUUUGAGACCUUCCAUGAGUAAUGUUGUUCAAAUGCUUGAAGGUUUGUGUCAAGUGAAUGAUCCACCUUUGUUACAAUCAAGUGCCUAUUCAGCUUAUUUGAAAAUGAGUAGUGGAGAAGCUAGUUCAUCAGGACAAGCUAGUUUUUAUAGUAAUGUGCCUUUGUCUUGUGUUCAGUUAUCAGGACCAAGAUAAGAUAAUGAUUAGAUGUAGAUGAAUUAUGCAUGCACAUUUUUUUUAUGUCUAUAAAAUAUGCACUGUGUUUGGAUUUAGAACUACUACGAAGUUCAUUUAAGUUAUUGAAACUAAGUUGAAAUUCAACU